AGCCCUAGCCGAGUCUCCAGAUUUCUCUGGGACCUCUCACUCGGUCACUCCCGAUCCAGCGCCCUUGGCCGUCGCCUCCGCCUGCAAGGGGCACUCCCACGCCCCACAACGCUGCCUGCCUUCGCCUCCCCCCGCGGAGACGAGAGCAGGGCCAGCAAACUUCCCCCCGACUCCAACCCCAACGUCCGGAUCGAUCCCCAUACGGAUCCAACAACUGGUCUUGGCGGCGGCGGGAUUGUUGAGGGCGGCGACGGGACGCAAGCUGUAGAGGAGAGCGACGGGAAAGGGGAAGAGGUACGUUGGCGGGAGGUACUAAGUCAGCCCAGGAAAUUGUGUAAGAAACAAUGGACAGUUCUAAAUCUACUCAAGCACUGAAGAAGAGCCAGACAAUGUUGUCUGGUACAGAUGGCCACCAAUUUGACAAUGACGAGUUCACAUCUGAAGGUGCAUUAGAUAAAAUGGUAGUUUCAAAGUCUGAAACAUCAGAUAAAGGGCAAGAUGAAUUUGGAGAAAACCAUUCCCCAUCUUUGCAGCAAUCAACUCCUUCUAAUACGCCAAACCGUGGAUCUCCAUGUAUCGGGGCAUUCACUAUCCAAUGCGCAAAGUGUUUCAAAUGGAGACUUGUUCCAACAAAAGAGAAAUAUGAAGAAAUACGUGAGCACAUUAUACAGGAACCUUUUGAGUGUGAACGAGCACGUGAGUGGAAACCUGAUGUAACAUGUGAUGACCCCGAAGAUAUAUCUCAGGAUGGAAGCAGACUCUGGGCUAUUGAUAAACCCAAUAUUGCACGAGCCCCUAAUGGAUGGGAAAGGCAGAUUAGAAUAAGAGGUGAAGGAGGCACCAAAUUUGCAGAUGUCCAUUAUCUUCGUUUCAGGUACUAUACUUCUCCUUCCGGGAGGAAACUGAGGUCACAGGUUGAAGUUGAUAAGUACCUCAAAGAGAAUCCAGAGUAUGGUGAGAAGGGUGUAAAAUCAACUCAAUUUUCAUUCCAGAUACCUAGACCUCUUCGGGAGAACUAUGUCAAACAUGUCAAAAAGCGUCCUAAGUUAGCGAGUCCAAGUGAUGAAGCAAACAUAAUCACUUCUAAGCCUCUUCAACCAGUGGAAGCGAACCCCAUAUCCUGGGCAGCUCCUCCAACACAUGAGGGUCAGGCAAGUGAACAAGUUUCUCAUGCCGCUGAUCCAUUUGGAUCAGUAGAGGCGGAGCUAACCCGGAAGAGGAAAGCAGAAAGUUCUCCAGGAGAAGUAAAUGCGUCUGAUGAACUGAAACCCAAGAUAGAGGAUGCUCAGAAUGGAGAUACUUCUACUGCCUGAAAGUCGCAACAUCAUGUACCCGCUGCUCCCCGUCGAUGAUUUCGUUGGUUGAUUCUCUAUUUGCAUUACAUUGUUUGCGGGAGGCAGUUUUUCCUGUAAUGUGAGGCCAUAAUGGUCUUAUAUGUGUACUAUGACAACUAGAGUCUGACCCAAAAUUCGAAGUGUUGGGGACGAAUGUUGUAUCGGAGUCUUGAACCCUUUUGGAUCAUGCAUGUUUAUUACUAGGCCUUUAUGUAGGUAACCUGCUCAUGUAAGAUUAGGCCUGUAUUUUUCUUCUGUAAGAUAAAGAGUUAGUAGGGAGAUGGUUAUGUUAUCACCCUUAUACUGUCUGCUGAGACAUGCGAGUACCUGUUGGUGGUGCAACAUUUGAGCUCAUUAGCAAUGUCCCUAAUUUGGCAGUAUUGACCCA